UAUUGCGGGUAAAGAAUUUUUCUUCCUGGCAAUUUUAUCUACCUGUCAAAAAAUUUGUAAAGUUGAGAGUUUGAAACUUCAAAUUUGGUUUGAAUUGUUUUUGUAAACAAACAUUUUCACUAUUAGCCAUGAAGAAAUCCGGUAUUGAUACUAAAGUUAAAAAAACUCUAGUCAGAAACUACGAACAAAGAGUGAAAUCUACUAGUAAAAAUGUUACACACGAUGUUGGGAGUACUUCAAAGGUAACAAGUGAAAAACCCGCGCAAAAAGAAAACACACUUAAUCAACCGUCGCUAUGUUCUAGCGCAGUUGUAGCCAAUUACUUAGUUGAUGUGCGUAAAACUGCGCCACCUUCUGCGCCGCUAGACGAUGUAAAUAUUGACAAAAACCAGGUGACCAAGAAACUCAAUUUCCAUUUCAAUGAUAGAAUCUAUAAGAACUUGAUUGAAUUGAAUGCAAAUGUGGAAUUAAAAAGUAAAAAGGAAAGAAGACCUUCAAGCAUAAACAUAAAAAGAGAUCUAGAGCCAAAUAUAGAAGAUUUCUACUGUGAUGAAAAAGAGCCUGAUUCUCCUCCAGAAAUUCCUGUUUUAAGACCAAAAUUUAAACCAGUAAAAAUUGUUGAAAAUGGUCAUCUGCAUAAACUUGUGGCCAAGUUUGACAAUUUAUGACGAAUAAAGUUAUAUCAGAAAUAAAUAAUUGUAUGGUCAAA